AUGUCCGAGACACUUACAACUAUUUCCGAGUUACACUAUGGGUCUACUGGAACAAGGGUUGAAGUACGAAUAAUUCACAUAUGGACACCACAAUAUUGUACGUAUGAAACAUGGUAUCUAGGAUUUGACAAAUAUGGUGAUGCAAUCCAAAUAUUAGGUCAGAGAAAAGAUCAAGGAUAUCUACAAUUUGUUUUCCAGGUUUCUAAAUGUUAUGCAAUUUGUAAAUAUGGAUGUGGAGAACCUGAUUCCUUUCAAAAUUGGAUAGACAACAUAAUAUAUAUGGCUGUUGGAAUGGCUUCCUCCAUCACACUACUUCUGGACACUGGUAUAAUUCCUUGGAACUGA